CGGCUCCCAGAGCGACGCGCCCGCGCUCCCCGGACGGCCCGGAGGGCGCGCGCUGAUUGGCGGCCCGGGCCAGCGCGCGGGCUACGGCGGCCGGCAGGGGGCGGUGGCGGCCGUUGGCCGAGGGGCUGGAGGCGGGGCCGCCGGCCUUGGGUGCUGCGAGCCCGGCGGACCACGACUCUGCCGGGACAGGGUGCAGGUUGAGGCCAUGGGCGACCGCGGCGGCGCGGGCGGUUCCCGGCGCCGGAGGACGGGCUCGCGGCCCUCGAGCCAGAGCGGCGGCGGGCCCGCGGCGGCGGAAGAAGAGGUGCGGGCCGCGGGCCCCGGGGGCGACGCGCCGGCCGCCGACAAGGACGAGAGCCGCGGCUCCGACGCGGGCGGCAGCCACUGGGACCUGAGGUGCCACCGCCUGCAAGAUUCUUUGUUCAGCUCUGACAGUGGCUUUAGCAACUACCGUGGGAUCCUGAAUUGGUGUGUGGUGAUGCUGAUCUUGAGCAAUGCACGGUUAUUUUUAGAAAACCUCAUCAAGUACGGCAUCCUGGUGGAUCCCAUCCAGGUGGUGUCUCUGUUUCUGAAGGACCCCUACAGCUGGCCUGCCUUGUGUCUGGUUAUUGUGGCCAAUGUCUUUGCCGUGGCUGCGUUCCAGGUGGAGAAGCGCCUGGCGGUGGGUGCCCUGACGGAGCAGGCUGGGCUGCUGCUGCACGUGCUCAACCUGGCCACCAUCCUCUGCUUCCCGGCAGCCGUGGCCUUGCUGCUCGAGUCCAUCACGCCAGUGGGCUCCGUGCUGGCUCUGAUGGUGUACACCAUCCUCUUCCUCAAGCUCUUCUCCUACCGGGACGUUAACCUGUGGUGCCGAGAGCGGAGGGCACGGGCCAAGGCCAAGGCUGCUCCCGCAGGUAAGAAGGCCAACGGGGGAGCUGCCCAGCGCAUGGUGAGCUACCCUGACAACCUGACCUACCGAGACCUGUACUACUUCCUGUUUGCCCCUACUCUGUGCUACGAGCUCAACUUUCCCCGCUCUCCCCGCAUCCGAAAGCGCUUCCUGCUGCGGAGGCUCCUUGAGAUGCUGUUUUUGACUCAGCUGCAGGUGGGGUUGAUCCAGCAGUGGAUGGUCCCCACCAUCCAGAACUCCAUGAAGCCUUUCAAGGAUAUGGAUUACUCCCGCAUUAUCGAGCGCCUCCUGAAGCUGGCGGUCCCCAAUCACCUCAUCUGGCUCAUCUUCUUCUACUGGUUCUUCCACUCGUGCAUGAACGCCGUGGCCGAGCUCAUGCAGUUCGGAGACCGGGAAUUCUACCGGGACUGGUGGAACUCGGAGUCGGUCACCUACUUCUGGCAGAACUGGAACAUCCCGGUGCACAAGUGGUGCCUCAGGCACUUCUACAAGCCCAUGCUCCGGCGUGGCAGCAGCAAGUGGGUGGCCAGGACAGGGGUGUUCUUCGCCUCCGCCUUCUUCCACGAGUACCUGGUGAGCAUCCCACUGCACAUGUUCCGCCUCUGGGCCUUCACGGGCAUGAUGGCUCAGAUCCCGCUGGCCUGGAUAGUGAGCCGCUUCUUCCAGGGCAACUACGGCAACGCAGCUGUGUGGCUGACACUAAUCAUCGGGCAGCCGGUGGCCGUGCUCAUGUACGUCCACGACUACUAUGUGCUCCACUAUGAGGCUCCCGUGGCGGGGGCCUGAGUUGCCUCGGCUGGUCCUCACGGCCGCCUCCUCACCUCACUGCCCACGGCCAGAGCCAGCCCCCACCUGCGUGCUGGGGAGGGGGGCUGGCUCUCCACUGCCUCCUACCAGCCCCCAGAAGGCCUCUCUGCCCCUAUGGGGCUCCCUCCUGCCCCGCUCAGGGAAUGGCAGACCAGGCACAGGCCAGAGCCCAGGGACCUGUGCCAAUCUGCCCAGGGGUUGAGGGAAUCAAUAAAGUGCUGUCCAGAGUGGCUA